CAUAUCAGGGCAUUUAUUUUAGAAAUUUGGUUCAUGUGCAAUCAACCCCAUCUAUAAGUUGGGAUAUCUCCUCCUCAAAGGAAAAUGUGCUUAUUAAAACCGGGAGAACAAACAUGAAGGUUUCUCUCACUCUCCUCCUCCUUGUUUCCCUCCUUUUCGCCGCCGCUUCUAACGUCGAAGGAAGAAUGUGUGAGACUCCAAGCACCCAAUUCAAUGGACUCUGUGUAAGUGACGGCAACUGCGCCAAUGUCUGCAAAGGUGAGGGCUUUCCUGACGGUGACUGCAAGGGCAUUCGCCGCCGCUGUAUGUGUCGCAUGCCCUGCUAGCUGCCUCAAGACUCUGGUUCCGAUAAGCUACCACUAUUACUCUUAUGUAUCCACCCCUAUCAAAGUCUGUAACACGAUGUACGUGCAAUAAAAGGCAAGGGAAACUUGGUUUCUUUCAUCUGA